CUUCAUUAUUUGAAUUGAUCAUAAUAUUAAUGUAAUUAUUCAUCAUUUUGUUAAUAAAUUUUGUGUAGUGCAGUAGUAUUCCACCCCUACAAUUUAUUCAAUCAUCCCCCAACUGAUGGACAUCUACUUCGUUUCCAGUUCUUGCUACCACAAAAAGUGCUAUAAAUGUUUUGGUGUACAUCAGUUCUUUCUUUUUACCACUGAUCUCCUUGGGGCACAUGCCGUGCUAUGGGGUCUCUGGGUCAAAGAGUAUGGGCUUUUAAGUCGCUUUCUUAGCAUAAUUAAUUCUCAUUUGCUUUCCAGAAUGGUGGGACAUUCACAGUUCCACUGACAGGGCAUUAGUGUGUCUAUCUCUCUUCACGACUCCGCCAGCACUGACUUCCUCUGUCCUUUCUGCUGGCCCCAAACCCAUUCUCAAAUGUCCAGCCCCACCCCCAGCUCCAGGUUUUGCUUUGGAGGACAGCUGAGCUCAGGGCUAUUUAUGGUCUCCCUCUCAGCACCGUUCUCCCUGCCUGGAUUCUGUCCAGCAUCUGCUCGGGACAUGGCCAUAAACCGCCCUCCACUCUUCCGGGCCUUUCCCGCAGAAGUGCCCUGAGAACCGCGGCCAUGCCCAAGGAAUCGGAGAGCAGGCGGCCGUCCUCCUGGCUGAGCCGGCUGCCCCCAGCCUCUCUCCAUUCGGGCUGGGGGCCCUCGCCCCGGGGCUGUCCUACCCGGAGGGUGCCCCAGCGGGCCCCCCUGCUCAGCAGGGACAUGGUCCUGCACAAUGCACUGUACACCGGCGACCUGGAGAAGCUUCGAGAGCUCUUUCCCCCUCACAGCACUGCAGACCUGCUGCUCGAGAGCCGGGGGGCCGAGCCUCGAUGGAGCAGCCACCAGAGGGGGAUCUGGUCUCUGACCUACGUGGAGGAGCUGACCACCCCGCUUCACGUAUCGGCCAGCCGAGGCCACGAGCAAGUUCUCCAGCUGCUGCUGAAUCGGGGAGCCCGGCCGGAUGCCGCCCCCGGGGGCCGCACUGCGCUGCACGAAGCCUGCAUCUCUGGCCAAGCGCCUUGCGCCCGGCUUCUAUUGGUGGCGGGGGCUGACCCAGACGUCCCAGACCAGGAUGGGAGGCGCCCUUUACACCUGUGCCAGGGGCCCGGUGCCCUCCAGUGUGCAGAGCUGCUGCUGAGGUUCGGCGCCCGCGUGGACGGCCGCUCCGAGGAAGAAGAGGAAACGCCGUUACACGCGGCUGCCCGAGGCGGCUCGGUGGAGCUGGCCGCCUUGCUGCUGAGGAGGGGCGCCUGUCCGGACGCGCGAGACGCCGAAGGCCGGACCCCGCUGCUGGCCGCCUGCUCGGUGCCCUCCCUCCCGCGCGCCGAGGCCGAGGCGGCCACCUCCGGGUGUCUCCGCCUGUGCCACCUGCUUCUCUCGGCAGGCGCCGACGCGGACGCCGCCGACCACGACAGGCAGCGGCCUCUGCACCUGGCCUGCCGCCGCGGCCACGGGGCCGUGGCGGAGCUGCUCCUGUCCCGGGGGGUCAGCGUCAACGCCAUGGACUACGGCGGCCACACGGCGCUGCACUGGGCCCUGCAGGGUCCGGCCGCGGCCCUGCCCGGCAGCCCAGAGCACGUGGUCCGAGCCCUGCUCAACCACGGCGCGGUCCGGAUCUGGCCCGGGGCCCUGCCCAAGGUGCUGGAACGCUGGUGUGAAUUUCCCCGGAUAAUUGAGGUUCUGAUGAAUACCUAUAGUCUUGUAAAGCUGCCAGGGGAUGCAGUGGACCUUAUACCCCCUGAAGUCCUACAGAAGCAUCAAGAUUUCUACUCUUCCCUCUUCACCUUGGUGGGUCGGCCGAGAUCCCUAAAGCACCUGACUCGCCACGCUCUCCGAUCUCACCUGGCUGGUUGCUUGUCCCAGGCGCUGCCCAAGUUGCCUCUGCCUCCUUGCCUCCUUCGCUAUCUACAGCUGGACUUUGAGGAUGUUCUCUAUUAAGUGAGUCCUGGGAUCUGUGCUCUGAGGAUGUUCUCUAUUAAGUGAGUCCUGGGAUCUGUGCUCAGUCCGAGGCUGGCUGGGAGAAGUCCAGGGAUGAGAUUGUGUGUUAGGGAGGGAGAGCCUUACCUAAGGAAGCAGGGGAGAAAUGAAAGGGGCAGAGGAGCCUGACAGCCUCCCUGCUUUUGUCUUUACCCUCAUCUCUCCUGUUCAGUAUUCUCUCCACUAUUACUAAGAUUCCUGACAAGAUUACCUGGAAAACAACAAUCCAUCCAACCUGGCCUCCCAACAGCCUCCUGGGCUUUGCUUCCUGGGUGCUGACAUCCAAGGAUGUGCUUCCAUGGCAGCCCAGAGACCAAAUAUCCUGAAAGCUUUUCAUCUGACUGUCCUUAGAUCACAAGCCACUCUCACCUAACCCCCAGCUUCCUCCCACAAGGCUUCUAUCACCACUGACAUCCCUCUCCUAAGGCCCUUCUACUCUCAGGCCUUCAGAGGAAUAGUUUAGACUCUCUUGGGCCCCUUCCCCCCAACUCCUUUAGCCCAGGGGAAAGAAUUUCUAGUUUUAUGUAUUUAUAUUUCAAGUUAUGGUGAAGAUUUACUCUGGCCCUGUAGUCCCCUGAUGGAAAACGAGCCUAGCAUUGUAGAUAACUGAUACCAGGAAGGCAGAGGGAACCGGUGCUGCAAAAUGGAGAGGAAGAAGGACAAUAGAGGAGGACAAAAGAGAUAGUUGGGGGGGUUCUCUUGGGUGUCCGGGGGGAGCUUAGCUCAGUGCAAUCUCUCCUUUCCCCGAUGCUGUGUUUCACUUUCACAUUCUCUUUAAACUCAAUUUCUGGAAGUGCAUUAAAAUGUGCAAUGUUAUUGUCUCUGAUGUCUUU